GUGAUGACCGUUGCCAAAAGCUUCUGGAUGCAGCGCAGAACGGUGCCAUCUCAGCGCCAGCGGAUCUCAGAUAUUUGUCGAAGCCAAGUUCUGAUGACCUAGGUGGCAAGAACAAAACUUGCCGGGCUGACGUCAUCUCCUUUUUGACCACUAUAUAUGAGUCGGUGGCAGAAGUUAUGCCUGACUCUCGUGACACAGCGUUUGACGAUGUUGACAAACUGGCUGACUCCUAUUCUAUCCAGUUGAACUUGGAAGCUUCCGCAGCUAUUAGCGAGGAAACGAUUGAGACACCUGCAGGUAGCAAAAUGCCUCGAAAGAAAAAGAGACAAGUUGUGAUCAAUCCGAACAGGCCCGAGAGGGAAGUCCGGAAACUGCCACCCGGCUACAUGAAGGAGUACUAUGAGCAAUAUCGUUUGGUGACCAGUUCUGAUGAAUGUGCAAGCUUUCCGAGCUUCUGGAGAGUUUGGCUCAGUGAGUUUCCGGAGCUGCAGUUUCGAGAGCGCUCGAAUCAUGCUCAAUGCAUGACGUGCAUUAGACAUCGGUCCAUGAUCAAGAGCUUGAGUUCUCAUAUGCGGGCGCGGCGAGAGCAAAUCAGACUCUUCACAGAACAUUUGGCCGCGCAGUAUGCUGACAGAGCUUUGUAUUGGCAGAUGCGCGGAUUGAGCCGUCACAAAGGAGCGGUUGUAACGCUCAUUUGCGACGGAAUGGACCAAGCGAAAUGGGAGGUGCCAAGAAGUCCCAUUUUGGUUGGCAAGGACUUUGGCAAUAUGCAAAAGCCUCGCCUUCACGUAAGUCUGUGCAUCGCUCAUGGAUGGUUCUAUCUUUUUCUGGUCUCUUCACCAGACAUUCGCAAGGAUGGAAAUGCGUCGGUAGAACUUUUGGCUUGCGCGUUUACGAUCUUACAGAAGAAAGGGCUGAACCUGGCUAUGACGGACGUUUAUCUACAGCAUGAUAACACCUGCCGAGAGUUCAAGAACAACAAUGGUUUGCGCUUUGUAUGCAGCCAGGCUUUUUUGGCGGAGGCCGUGCCGUUUAAUUUGAAAGGGAUUGGUGGCGGUGGAGCGCCACAUGUCUUUAAGAUGGAUCGCCGUGCUGACGCAGGCCUGAAGAGUGAGGAGAUCGAGAACACCAUGUGGGGCUAUCCGGAGAGUGGGCGCGUGGUGGGAUCAAAGCGCUAUUUCUAUGCAGUCGGUGAAGUUAUUAGAAUUCUACAGUCCUAUGAAUAA